AUGAAUGCGAUACUGCCUUUUUCUACAUCCUAUAUUUGUGAAGCAGCAUUCUCUUCAACGAAUGCCAUCAAAACCAAAAAUCGAUCACAACUGAAGAACUUGGAAGACGACAUGAAGGAGAAUACUUGUCUCAUUCACAAGAUGGUGUAUACAUUUAAUUCUAAUGAACUGCAAAAUAUUUUAAGAAGCUUAUCAAAUCAGAUAAAAUAUGGCAACAAAGAAUAUUUACGCUACCAACUUUUAUACUUAUUAACAUCAUCUGGUUCAUUUCAAAGAUAUAAUAUAGAAAAAAAAAUUAUGGAAGUCUAUACGUCUCGAUCAACACAGCCACAGAAUCAACUUGCAUUAUUCAAUCAAAUUAAUAGACCACUCAGACCAAAUCUUAUACAACACAUUCCUAUAAUCCCAGAUGAAACAAUACCUUUUGCACAUAACCUACCUUAUUUUAAAACAUUAGCGCCAGUUCUAAGGCCCAUGUACUAUGAUUUUAAUGAUUUUAUUAAUGCUGAUUUUACCAACUUUACUGCUUGUUAUUAUCUGACAGAAAUGGCUAAAAAUUCGAUAAUUGAAUCAUGGAAUAAUAACAAAGAAUAUAAAUUACAAAUACUUCUAAGAUUAGAACAAAUUGGUGAGAAAUCAUUCAAUGGUAGUUUACCUCACAAUAUUACUGUUUUUGUAAAUGAUCGUCAAUAUACGUUACCUAUAUUAAACGUCCCUAAAUUAGGUCAAAUCACUUCAUGGCAACACUAUGUUCCUAUAGAUAUAAAUGAAUACAUGGAUUUAAGAACAUGUUUACAGAACACAUUAAAAAUUGUAUGGUCUAAUAAACCAUAUAGUUAUUUAACUAGUGUUUUUGUAGUUCAAAAUUUAACUUGGCAACAUCUACUUGUAGAACUUAAAAAAAGACCAAUACGCACCUCUGAAAUAACUUUAAAAUUUAUUGAAAAAUUCAUGAGUAAAAGAGUCGGUUUUAAUUUAGACUCUGUGUUUAUUACUAUCAUGGAUCCAUUAACUAAAUUAAGAUUGAAACUACCUGCACGAGGAGUAAAAUGUGUACAUUUACAAUGUUUUGAUGCAAUAAGUUUCUUACAAAUUAAUGAACAAAAGCUAAUAUGGUCAUGUCCAAUAUGUAACAAACAAAUGGUACUUGGAUUGAAACAAAAACUAAUACUUUUAGCUUUUUCGAGUAAAUCAAAAAGAAAAAAUUGUGAAUCGUUAAUUAUAUUGUUAGAUAAUUAG